UGGCAUUGGUGAGGCAGUAUAUUUUGCCCUGGUCCGACCCAACCCAUUGUGACCAGCCCAGCUACUACCUGACCCCAGUAGUUUCUAGACAGGGGAGCUGCUCAUUUGGGGAAAAGCUGGAAGCCUGAUUAACAAAUAUGUCUGACGACGAAUACUAUGAGGAGGAGACUACCUCUCAAACCUCUAAAAAGGGAGAUGAAGCCUUUGCUAAGGCCAAGCACGGAGUUAAGAAGGGAGAGCUUGACGAACAGUUGAAAGAGUACAUCAACGAAUGGAGAAAGCAGAGAGCGAAGGAGGAGGAAGAGCUCAAGAGGAUGAAGGAGAAGCAAGCCAAGAGGAAGGAGAUCAGAAGUGAGCAGGAGAAGAAACUGGCUCAGCAGAAGAGGGAGGAAGAGGAGAAGUUGAGGAAGGAGGAGGCUGAGAAGAAGGCUAAAGAGGCAGAGGAGAAGAAGAAGCGCCUUGAAGAAGCUGAGCGUAAAAGACAGGAGAUGAUGGCUGCACAGAAGGAGAAAGGAGGAAAGAAACAGCAAGCCCCAGCUCUUGAUGCUCGCAGAGAAAUGUCCAAGACCAAAGAACAAGUUGAAGAGGAGAUGAAGAUCUCUUUGAGUAUUCGUAUCAAACCUUUAGAUCUUGAUGCCAUGGAUUCCGAUGAACUGAAGAGUAAGGCCAGCGUGCUGUGGGAAACCAUUGUCAAUCUAGAGACUGAUAAAUAUGACUAUGAGCAGAGAAGACUAGCACAGGAUUAUGAACUCAAAGAGUUGAAAGAAAGACAAAAGAUCCAACUUAGAAACAAGGCCAUCAAGAAGGGUCUUGAUCCCGAGGCAUUCACAGGCAAGCAUCCACCCAAGAUACGCAUGUUCUCUAAGUAUGAGAGACGUACUGACACCAGAACCUACGGAGACAGGAAGAAGCUGUACGAAGGAGGCUGGGAGGUUGUCAGAGCAGAGAUGCUUGAGGCCAUGUGGAAGGAGAAAUACGACGACUGGACCAAGAGACCCAAGUCCAAGCUUCCCAAAUGGUUCGGUGAGCGCCCUGGCAAAAAGUCUGGUGACCCAGAGACUCCUGAAGGAGAAGAAGAUGAAGCACCAGGUGCUGAUGCUGCAGUGGAGGAAGAGUACGAAGAAGAGGAGGAAGAAGAAGAGGAGGAGGAGGAAGAGGAAUAAAUGGUUUUAACUCUAUGUUAUCUGCCAGCUGUAAAAGUCCUGGAUUGAAAUCGUCUUCCUCUGACGUAGAGGUCGUCUUUUACCGUGUUGAUGUCGUUGCUACACAGUAAGAUGGCGUCCUCUACACUUCAUACAUUCCGCAUCGGGUCGUUGCUUCCACAUUUUAUACCAAUGUUAAUUUCAAGGGGUAUUUAUAUUUUACGUAAUAAAACUGUUUGGAGAUAAAAGCGUGCUAGGGCCAGCAUGAAUAAACAUCUUUAAGCUGUCGAAUAAAUAUUUUUCAGUAUUUUA